AUGAAGAUGGACGUCGCGACCUUGAAAGGGCCCGGCGUUGCCAAGAGCGCCCAUGUCAACAUGAUGACCGACACCAUCAUCACCAACAUGUCGCCUGCCGGACUGCGCAUUAUCAUGAGGUCCCUACUGGCAGCCCAUCCCAGUGCGGUGUCAACCUUUGAGGCGGAAACGAGGAGAUACAUCACGGCCGCAAUGAUGACCAACUCCGACACCAAGACGAGUCCAACACCAGACAGCAAGAGCGGGCUGGAGACGCUCAAGACGCGGCUGCAGAGCAUCCGAUGUAUGAUUGGGUGCGGACUCUGUUUCCAGAGCCUGCCUUUGCUUGGCGAUCUCGCGAUUCAGGCUGUCCAGAUGUGUGUACCGACCUCCCAGGGCGACAAAGACGCCAUACCAAACGCACUCCGCGACGACUUUCUGGCGGCUGUCGAUGGCGAUGUUGUCCAGGCCGUGACCGCUAUAGAAAAGUCACUCGUUUCGGAUCGGGGGCGGAGCGCUCUGUCCAGCGACGACCGGGAAGCGGUUACGGGCCUACACCAGACCCUGCGCGACUGCCACGCCAUGACUGCCGAGCAAAGACUCGAGUUUCCCUACACGAGGGCGUUUCUCGCCACGGCCGGCAUGCUGGGUGAGAAAGCCAGUCUCCAGGACAAGGAGACCGCCGCGCCAGCAGAGGCCGCCACCGCCAACAACAGCGAUGGCCAUGGUAACGAAUACGAGACGUUUGCGCUCAACGGCCGACAACUGCCCCGUAUUUUCGCCGGGCUCUGGCAGCUGUCCAGCUCCGCAUGGGGUUCGGCGCCCACGUCGAAGAUCAUCUCACACCUCUCCUCCCACGUCACGAGCGGCCUCACUGCCUUUGACAUGGCCGACCACUAUGGUGACGCCGAGAUCCUGGUGGGCAUGUUUCUGUCUUCGAGUCCUCGUCGGGACAGAAUAUUCGCAGCGACAAAGCUCUGCGUCUUUCACCCCAUGACCGUGACGAAGGAUGCCAUCAAGGCCAACAUUACGGAGAGGUGUCGGAGACUCCAGUCGGAACGUCUCGAUCUGCUGCAAUUCCACUGGCAAGAUUACAAUGACGUGCAGUACCUCGACGCCCUCAAGUUCAUCGUAGAGGACGAGAGAGUGCCAACGCUGGGCCUGUGCAACUUUGACACGGAGCACCUUGAGAAGGUCAUCGCUGCCGGAUUCUCGCUAGUCGACUCCCGGCCCACCGCCUUGAUGGGCGCCGUCUGUGAGAAGCACGGCGUGAAGCUCCUAACGUACGGGACACUGUGUGGUGGUUUCCUGUCCGACAAGUGGGUCGGAAAGCCAGAGCCGGGCCUCUACGAGGAGUCCAUCACUCCCAGCCAACGCAAGUACCACGGCGUCAUACGUGCAUGGGGUGGCUGGUCCCUGUUCCAGCAGCUCCUGCAAGUUCUCGCCGCCAUCGCCACCAAGCAUGGUGUCAGUAUCUCCAACGUGGCGACCCGGUGGGUGCUUGACUUCCCCUACGUCGGUGCCGUCCUUGUCGGCACACGCGUAGGUAUUAGCGAGCACAUUGAGGAGAACGCGGCUAGCUUUGGCUGGUCCCUGGACAGGGAGGACAAGGCGCAGAUUGACGGGAUUCUGGCAGCCAUCAGCUUUGUCCUUGGCGACCUUGUUGGCUUUCUCAAUCGCCUCAUCUCUCAUCAGCUUGGCCCAAUUCCUGGCAGCUCGAUACGCUGCAGCGUCUUUCCGAAAGCUAGGUUCCUCUCCCGGAUUACGAGGCUCGAUUGA